AUGGGUGUACCAGUGUUUUAUAGAUGGUUAAUAAAAAAAUAUCCAAAGAUUAUUGAAGAUGCUAACACCAACACUACUCCAACGGUGGAAUAUGAUAAUCUUUAUAUCGACAUGAACUCCAUUAUCCAUCCAUGUUUUCAUCCCAACGAUGAUAACAUCAAUACUUCACCUCCAACAACAUUUUUGGAAGUGUUUGCAAAUAUGUUUGACUACAUUGAUCACCUUGUUACCAUUGUUAAACCUAGAAAGCUACUGUACAUGGCCAUCGAUGGAGUUGCACCACGAGGCAAAAUGAACCAGCAAAGGACCAGACGUUUUCAAGCUGCUAAAGAUAAUGAAAUGCGUGAAGCUGAGGAAGAGAGACUGAGGAAACAAUAUGAAAUGGAAGGAAAACAAGUUCUACCCAAACAAGAAUGUGAAGUGUCUGAUUCUAAUAUAAUCACACCAGGGACUGAGUUCAUGCAUCAACUCUCAAAGGCUCUUAAAGCUUACAUCUCUUCAAGGAUUUCUUCUGAUUUAUUAUGGAAGGAUAUUAUGGUAAUUUUAUCUGAUUCUAAUGUUCCUGGAGAAGGAGAACAUAAGAUUAUGUCAUUCAUAAGGAAACAGCGCGGACUGCCUGAUUACAAUCCAAACACUGUCCAUUGCCUAUAUGGCUCGGAUGCUGAUCUCAUAAUGCUUGGAUUGUCAAGCCAUGAGCCUCAUUUUUCAAUUUUAAGAGAGGUUAUCAAGGAUCCUCCUAAUUAUUAUGAGAAGCUGGAGCAAAAUGCUGCAAAGACGUUCAAGCUUUUGCAUAUUUGGUUGUUGAGAGAAUAUCUUGAAUUAGACAUGAAGAUCCAAGAUCCUCCCAAAAAUUUCAUUUAUGAUUUUGAGCGGAUAAUUGACGAUUUUAUCUUCAUUUGUUUCUUCGCUGGAAAUGAUUUUCUUCCCCAAUUGCCUUCUUUGGAUAUUUAUGAUGGGUCUAUUGAUUUACUUAUGACUGUUUACAAGAAGGAGUUUCAUAAACUUGGAGGAUAUCUUGUCGACAUAAAUAAGAUGGGUGGGAAACAUAGUGAUUUUGUGAAGCUAUCAAGAGUUGAAGAAUUCAUACUCAUGGUUGGUACAUAUGAAGAAAAAAUCUUCAAUAAAAUAAGUGCAAUGAGAGAGAAAAAAUUAAGAAGGCUUAUUAGGGAUCAUGAAAAUUCAAAGCAAGAAGAACAGGAUGCAUGUAAUUUCACUAAUAUUGAGAAUGGAAGUAGUUCAGAUUGCGCUAUUCGCAUUAAGAAGACGCCGACUUCCUACAAUGUUUGUCCAGUGUCUCAUGAAGAAAUUUUGAAGAACACAUAUGAUUUAAAAGAGGAGUUAAAGAAAUGCAUGAAAGGUAAAGGGGAUUUAUUUACGAGUGGAGAUUUCUUGAAUGACAAGAUAAAACUAGGAGCUGUUGGCUUUAAAGAAAGAUAUUAUAAAGAGAAAUUUUCUGUGGACGGUUCCAUCAACAUUGAGCAAAAAAGAAAACAAGUAGUGCAGAAGUACACUGAAGGAUUAUUGUGGCUUCUUGAGUACUAUUUUUCAGGAGUUGCUUCAUGGACAUGGUUUUAUCCAUUCUACUAUAGUCCAUUUGCUUCAGACUUUAAGGGUAUGAGUCAAGUGAGAGUAAAUUUUGAGAAAGGUGUUCCAUUCUUGCCUUUUGAUCAACUCUUAAGUGUUCUUCCUCAAAGGAGUGCUUAUGCCCUUCCUAAAGCUUAUGCACAAUUGAUGCUGGAUGAGAAGUCUAAAAUAUUUGACUUGUUUCCUCGGCAAUUUGAAGUUGACAUAGAAGGAAAGCGCUUCAGGUGGAUGGGCGUAUUCAAACUUCCAUAUAUCGAUGAAAGAAGGCUUUUGGCUGAAACCAGAGAACUCAUAAAGGGAUUAUCUGAAAAUGAAGCAAUGAGAAAUUCGGUUGAAGUUGAUAGGUUGUUGGUUAGCAAGAGUCUUAAGUUGGCAGAAAAAAUUUGCUCACUAAGUUCAAACAAGCUACAUACAAGCAUAAGCAUUGAUGGCAUUGGAGGCACCAUAAGUCUCUGUCACAACUGUGUUGAGGACAACAAUGAAGAAGAUGUUGUCUUCUGUGUCAAAUACGAGCUACCUAUGAAUAGUACAAGUCGUUAUCAGCAUUUGCUAUUUGGUGUAAACCUUCCUGAUAAGACAAUAUUUGAAAAUGACUUAAUGGAAACAGUUCUUUGGCACGAACGUCAGCAACAAUAUAAUCGCUUUGAAAGGUUACAUAAUCAAGACCGUUGGAGAAGUUCAAACAAUGAGGCCAGUACUUCAAAGUUUCCACCAAAUAAAACUACUUUUGGUGGAAGAAGCUCUUCUCUAAAUGCAUCACCUGAAUUCAUCCACAAAGGUGCUGGUGUUGGAUGGGCUUCAGGUAGAGGAAAACCAGAAAGAAUAAAUCAUGAAACUCUAAAUGAUAGAAUGUCAUCAUUUUCUCCUUUUCACAAUCAACAAUCUACCGAUCAUGGAGAAUCUUACUAUUGUCAUCCAUGUUCGAAUAAUGUGCCUUAUGGUCGAGGACGAGGUAGGGCUCAAAAAAAUUCCAAUAAUGUGUAUUCAUGA